AAUACGAUCCUCGAUCUCCUCAGCAAUUUUGGCGCUCAAUGAGCGAUUUCAAAUUCAAUCGGCAGAGCGGGUGACAAAAGUCUAAAAUUCACAAUGAAGAGAAAAAUUUUCGACAACGAACCACAACAUCCGUCGCGGAAUCGAGGUUCACUGCCAGGAAGUUCUCGCGGACGGCGGAGCACAGGAACCCUAUCUGCCAUGUUAUGCCGGAAUACCGACGAUUCUAGUUGCAGGAAAACAGCAAAGUUCACAGAUCUUGGCAAUGGCAGUCUUGUGGAAGAUGCUCCUCUCAAGCCCUUAGAAAGUUAUCGUGCUACAGGAUUUGAUGACCCCAAAACAUCUGAGUAUGCUUUCUUUAAGAAACUAAAAGAGGGUACUAGCCGCAGAUUGCAUUCACACCCAUCACAAUCGGAGAACCUUCCAACAAAGAAAUUCAAAUCCAGUGACUUUUUGAGAGAGAGGACCAACACCGUUGAGAAAAGCUUUGAGACAUUCAGGUCUCCAAGGCCUGUUGACAUAGCACAUGCUAAUGAUGUCUCAUUCUCCUCGCUUCUUGAUAAUUCAUCACAGAAGACAGAGAGCCAGGAGAAGCAUCCAGAGAUUUUUUUUAGUAAGAGGCAGAAACUGCGCCAGUGGGUGGCUGAAUCUUCAGGUCCUGAAAUUGAUGAACUGUGUUCAAAGGGGUUAGAUCGUUACUCAUUAGACACAUCACCUCUAGUAAGUCAUUUCAGUUUGUUUAUACCUUUUAUUAUAGACUUGAUACAAAAUUUUCUCAGGUAUGAUUUUGUCUCUGUCCUCCUCAGUCGAUUGUUCCCAGAGACCAAUGUGGAUACUAGUUUGACAUAUUCAAAGUCAAUGCAACUGGAGACUGAUACUAACUAUAAGUUGCCUAGUUCUCCUAACACGGAUGUACGCUUUGAGAAAUGUUAUCGCUUGCCUGAGAGGAACCUUUUGGGACAGGAAUAUGGACUAUUCUUGGAUGAUUAUUCAUCUUCAAGGUUGAACGUAUCAACAAAGACAUAUCUGUCAAAGUUUGAUUCUUCAACCUUUCUUUCCAACUAUUAUCAUCUGCAGAAUAAAAUAAGGGAGCCUGAUUAUGAAUUUGGAGAAAGGAGCCCAAUUUUAUACACUCACUGUGACUCAGACGUGGGCUUUCCACUAAAGAGAGAUGGAUAUCAUUUCUUGAAGCACCUUAAUCAGCUGGAUGGAUACCAAUAUCCAAAUGAAUCUGUUUUAGAAACAGAGCCGCACGCCCUCUUACUGGGUUGGGACUUUGAGAGCAGGAUAAAUGAGAGGAACUUAUCUAUUACUUCCGAGAAUGAGGAACUGAGCUUGUAUCCCAACUCAUCAACUUCAUGGAGUAAUGUUCAUCAGAAUAUAAUGGAUAAUGGGUGUGGUGCAAAUGGAUUGUGUAUGUCAUCCUUCUUUCCAUUUUAUCCUCUAGAGUUAACUCCAUUGCUGCCUCCCCCCUUGGAAUUGCCCACCCCUUCAGCCAGCUAUGGAAAUUAUUAUUCCAGAGAACAUUUUCUUAAAGGUGUGGAAGAUAUAAUGGCAGUUUCAAACAAUUCUUCUUUACCCUUAUUACCUAUAGAAAGCCAUCAAAAUCCAGAUGAUGAUUGCAACUACAACAAGGUAUGGAAAUGUAGCAGUGCCUUUCUUUCUCCUCAAAAUCAACGUUUUAUGCACAAGGUGCUCGAAGAGGGUCAUGAUUAUCCUGGUACAGAAGAUAUAAUUUCUUCUGGACUUCAUUUCAAUUUGGGACAGAAAUGCUCAAGAGAGCCUUACUCAUCUACUUGUUAUGCUAUUGAAUAUCCCCAAAGCGAUGUCAUAUCUUCACACUUUGUUACUACUCGAGACAAGUUUGAGAGCUAUCUGGGUAGUUCGAGCCACAGAGGAAGAGGAAGCUUUAAUCAUCUGAGCGAUGAUUUGGUUAACAUCAGUGAAUGGUUACCAUUUCAACUCCAAUGGUCUCGGGACAUAGACAAGUCAUGCCCUUUUCCAUUGCUACUUGAUAGAGCAUGGUGGAGUGACUCUGAAGGAGAAACUUUUUAUGAUGAUAACGAGGCAAACUCAUUUGAUACUACUUCUCUUGCAUUUUAGGUUGUCGCUGGUCGGUCCUUUCUGGUUCUUGUCAUUACUAUAUCAGCACGUUGCCUUCCAACUACUGGCAUGUCCUUGCAGAUUGGAAUCAAACUCAGAACUCGAAUUUGACAUUACGAGGCUAUUCCAACCUACUUCUUUU